AUGCGCAGUGCUUGUGCAGAUCUAGUCUGGCUGCCUCUGACUCUCCUGUUAGUCAGCCAGCCAAGCCCCCUGCUGCAUAUAGCUGCAGAACUCCAGCCAGGCAGCUCGGGCCAGCCUGGAGUCUGUCCACCCUGCAGGCCACAAGCUCUAGGCGUGCACCCUUACGUCUACGGGAGCUUGGGGCUGGUGGGACUCCUCCUGCUCCUGGCUGUGCUCAUUCUGUCCACCUGCCUAUGUCGGCUCCAUCGCAGAGUAAAGAGGCUGGAGAGGAGCUGGGGGAGUCUGGGGACAGGGAAAGGGGAGGCAAGAGAGGAGCAGGAGCUCCACUAUGCAUCUCUGCAGAGGCUGCCAGUGCCCAGCAGUGAGGGACCUGAGCUCCAGGACAGGAACGAGGAAGACUAUGCCAGUAUCGCCAAGAACAAACCCACCUGA